ACCACUCAGUCGAAGCGGAGACGCUACAUUAGAUGCACCAAGUGAAAGUACCCGAUCGGAGAAUGGAUGAACCUGCGGUCCGAUGGAGUACCAUCGCGCUGGGAACGUAUGGUUUUGCCCUCUCUUCCGCCCGUUAUGGGAUCCAUAUAUAUACACACCUCGGCCAAGGGGUAGUGUAUCAGUAGUUUGGUAGUGUUUUCAAACUGAACAUGAAACCAUUUCUGAUUGUAUCAACACUACUGGCAAUCUCCUGCUCAACACUAGCAGGAGAGGCUGGCAAGAAAGGCACAGGAAAGCGCGGAAUUUAUUCCAGCGACAUUGGCAGCUAUGGCGGAGGCUCUAGUUAUGGAGGAGGCUCAAGUUAUGGAGGAGGCUCAAGUUAUGGAGGCGGUUUAAGAUUUGGAGGCGGCUCAGGUCAUGGAGGAGGUGCAAGCAUCUCCUUGGAGGACCUAGGCGGUCACGGCAGCUUCGGCGGGCAAGGAGUUUACGGUGGAGGCAGCAGUGGAGGCUAUGGAGGAGGCAGCAUUGGAGGUUAUGGAGGAGGCGGUAGUGGAGGAGGGUUUGGAGGUGGUAGUGGAGGCGGCUUUGGAGGCGGCUUUGGCGGCGGAUUUGGGGGCGGAGCUGGAGGCGGCGGUGGAGGCGGUGGUGGUGGAGCCACCAUCUCGACCAUUACCAGAACCGUGCCAGUUCCAAUUCCACAACCUUACCCAGUUACUGUUAACCGCCCAGUUCCAUACCCGGUAGCCCAGCCCGUUGCUGUCCCAGUCUCCAGACCUGUUCCAGUUUCAGUGCCAGUGCCCCAACCCGUUGAGGUGCCACGACCAUACCCAGUAACAGUAAACCGACCGGUUCCAGUCGCGGUACCGACAGCAGUCCGCGUACCAGUACCACAACCAGUUGCCGUAUCAGUUCCCCAGCCCUACCCUGUCACUGUGCCUCAGCCCGUUCCAGUUAGAGUUCCGCAAACUGUGGUAGUACCCGUUCCUCAACCCAUCUAUGUAGGAGGAGGCGGCGGCGGUAGCUCUGGCGGAUUUGAAGGAGGCAUUGGAGGAGGAUUCGGAAGCGGUUCAGGAGGAGGCUAUGGAGGAAGUUCCGGUGGAGGUUACGGAGGAAGUUCCGGCGGAGGCUACGGAGGAAGUUCCGGCGGAGGUUACGGAGGCGGAUAUUCCAGUGGAGGAAUUAGCGGAUCAAUUUCAAUUGGCGAUGAUCACGAAUCCAGCUUCGGAGGCUCAUCCUAUGGUUCAGAUGGAGGGCAAGGAGGUUCCAUUUCCUUGGGCGGUGGCCAUGGAGGAGGAUACUCUAGCGGACUUUCGUUAGGAGGAGGCCAUGAAAGCCUCUCGAGCGGUGGCGGUUACUCAAGCGGAAUCUCUUUCGAAAGUGGAGGACAUGGCGGUCUUUACAGCGGCGGCGGAUACUCAAGUGGGCUUUCUUUGGGAGGUGGAGGCGGACAUGGAGGCCUGUCUAGCGGAGGGUACUCCAGCAGUAUUUCUUUGGGAAGUGGAGGCGGACAUGGCGGACUUUCUAGCGGCGGUUACUCAAGCGGAUUAUCUUUGGGAAGUGGAGGCGGACAUGGAGGCCUUUCCCUUGGAGGGGGUGUUUACGGAAGCGGAGGUGGAGGCUACUCCUCAGGACUGUCCCUAGGAAAAGGAGGCUCUAGCUAUAGCUCCAUCAGCUUGGGAAGUAGUGGAGGCUCAGGCUACUCAAAAUACUAGCCGGAAUACCUUGGCUGUCAUGUGUUGUAAAUAAUCCCAUUUCGCUCAUCCACGAUUAUUUUAGUCAUUCAUAAUUCUAUUGUGAUAUCAAUAUGCUUUUUGUAUAUAAGUCGAAAAUAUAUUUUUAUAAAUAAUUAAGAAAUA